AUGUCUACUACUGAAAAAAAGGUUUCAGAAAUGAUAGCUGGACAAAGUGUCACUCCAACUGUGAGGAGAAAUCUUCUUCAUGGGGAGGUUCUCAAAAAACAAAUUAAAGAUAAUUUCAAUCAGCAAACCUCUAAAGAGAAAACCAAAACUAGUUUUAAGAAAGUUUUGCAUGGUCCUUUGAUUAAAAAGUUUAAAUUGAAUAAAAUGUUGCAAAAUUUGACAUCCAGAAGAACUUUAAGUUAUAGAAAACAAGUGACUAACGGGAAAAUUAUUGCGGCAAGAAGAGCUGUGGUAGAGUUUUUAGAAGAAGAUGAAAAUAGUAGAAUUACAGCUGGAAAAAAGGAGACAAUUACUAGAAAAACAAUGAAAAAACAGAUUCGUUACUUGAAUGAUUCUAUGAGAAGACUUCACGAAAAAUUUAUCAAGAAUACCCAAUUGAAGAAAAUUAGCUACUCAACGUUUUGUUCACUUCGCCCAUUUUGGAAAGUCGAGAUCAACCUGUUUGUGCAAAAUUCACACGAAUAUGGUUACUGGUUAACAGAUGUAAAAUUGACCAACUAA